AUGAUUAAACUCUACACUUGGCUCGCACUUCUCUAUUCAACCGUGGCUCUGCAACAAGGGGACGGCGUCUCGCAGGCAGCUGUACGCGAUGCCGGUUCUAAAGACCAUUCUUCAACGACGGAUGCGACGAAAACUAAAAAGGAAAAACUCAUCGAGAGCGUCUCCACAGGCUUUGGCCCGUUCCUGAACACCAAAGGAUCACGCAUUGAGAAGAGCUGGACCAGUAAAGUGUAUGGGUGGGCUGAGAAGGACAUGAUCUUUUCGAACACUGAAACACGGAAAUCCGCAACAAUGGUUCGAGCCGAUAUCAAAAACUGUAACGUCACGGUUUCCGAUCCGAUCGCUCUCGCCCCGGGUAUAUACUGCUCUCCGGGCUUUCCAGUGUGCAGCCUAUCCUACACAUUGACGGAAAGUGGUAUGUUCGGCAUCAAGAACACCGUCAAGAUCGGCGCGUCGGCCAAGACAACCUUGCAGGCGGGUAUUCCGCUCAUCGUCGACGGCAAGGUCGAAGUCGGGGUAACCCUAGACUUGACGCACGAGAGACAUACGCAGAACGAGAGCUCGACCGGACAAACCUACCGCUUCGAUUUGAAAGAAAAUGAGUCUUGCGUGCCUUCUAAGGUGCAACUCCUCUUGCGCUGCCAUUCAUGGCCGGGAAAGUACCACCUGCAGUUUGAUGUGCCCGUCACUGACACUUCGCGACACGGCAGCGCGCUAUACAAGUGCAGGAUGUACGACGCGGAGGAAGGGCUGCUGAAGAGCCCCACGGGGGAAGGCACCUGGGAGGUGCUCGUGGAGGAUCGUGAGACGGAGUACGGCAAGGUCUUCACUGGCAAGGCCGAGGAUGUCCUCUCCAAGAGCAUAAUUAAAAAGUGGCAUGACGAGUAUUCAAAGGCAGACAGCCCAUCUAUCCAUUGGCUCCCAAAACACAACAGGAUAAUUCUCUGCGAGCCAGAGCUGGUUGAUAAACCAGAUACUGUGGACAUACCGCUUCGAGGUCCAGACAAUCUGCCGCUAGGACACAUUGGGUGCGUAAUAGAGCAAUGGCAUUCAUCCCCUCCUUUGGCAGAGGGGAACAUCAAACGCAAUUGGAAUACCGCGGGUGAGAAUGCCUAG